AUGGUGAUAAGUGUAUCACCAUUGAGCACAGGAAACCGAGGUAAUCAAGUGCAUGGACAAGAGCAUGUCAGAUGUUGCUAUUGCACAAUUAUACCUCCCCGAUAUGUAAAUUUCGCAUCAGUCAAAGUUUGCUCUCAUCCGAGUAGGACGACUUCGAAAUCUUGGACUUGAAAAGGCUUGGGUAGAAGAUUCUUUAAAAGCAAAUCAGUACAGUUCACAGCUACAUAAAGGUAAGUGUCAUGCACACACCUAGAGUCGCGUGUUUACACUGCAAGCCUUGGCCUAGCAUUGGCCUGGCCUUGGCCAAACCAAGGUAAAUGUGGCGCGCGUUUGCACCAUCACAAUAAUUUUUUGAGACUGGCCCACUUUGGCCUAGAAUUUUGUAACUAAUUUUAUGUAUUUUUAUGUGUUGUGACGUUGUCCGCUGGUUGUCUGCUAAUCCCUCACUGUGGACACACGUUAAUUGACAUGAAAAUAAGGCCCAGUCCAUGGCCGAAAGUGUUUACAUUGCCACAAGCCUAGGCCAGGUCUAAGCCACCGGUUGUAGUGGGCCCAGAUUUCCUGGCCAAGGCUAGGCCAAUAUGCUGGUAGUGUAAACACGACUCUAAAUAUAUCAUGCGACAAUUAAUUUUAUUAAGCAUUAGAAAUGUCAACACGUGUUGUUUGUAUUACUGGAAACUUGAAUAAUUACAAUAAACUUACAAUUAAAAGAAGUGGUUGCAAUAGUCUUUAUUAUUUUAUCUUGAAUGUAUAUAAAGUAAUAUUCACACCCUAUAUAAAUGAUACCAUUAUGGCGUUUAGCAUGCACCUAUACUUUGCACCCUCAUAACACUAAGACUAAUUAUUAUUCGUGAGGCUUUUGAACAUUGGCAUAACUCACAUUAACAUCACAGAAUAGGUGGGAAAACCAUUCCGCCAUUGUAACGUUAAAUGACAUCAACUUUAGCUUAACUAAACCUCGCUUUGCAUUCGUAUUUCUAGCUUGGAAAAUAACACAGAAUAUAUAUAUUCAAAUUCAAAUAACUAGGGAAAAUUAUUCCCACUAAGUGAUUUUUUGUCACAGCCCAGUCAUUCUCAAAUACUAAACUGUUAGAAGCCACAAAAAAGAUCAUAUACGUGAAAAUUUAUAUAGAACUAACUGGAUAUUUAUAUCCAACCACUUACUCUAAUAGACUACAAUUAUACAAACAUGAUAUUUGUGGUCUAUUAGAUUCGUCGUUAACACAAAAGACUCAUUUCACACAAGUCAAGUACUGGAAAUAAAGCAAGUAUGCUUUCGUCAUGAAAACAUAUGUGCACUUCACAGUAGAUUUAGUAUAUCACUGCACGAAAAUUUAUUCAUAUAAAAGAAGAGUCUUUAUACAAGCAACUAGUUUCGUACUAAAGGCCUUGUUUAAAAAACUGAACCAGUUCUAGGGUUUUACUUUACGUGUGAAAGGAGUCUUUUGUGUUAACGACGGAUCUAAUAGACUACAAAUAUGUUUGUAGUCUAUUAGAGUAAGUGGUUGGACACUUACGUUUUUCAAAGAUCUGUGACAACUGGGUGAGAGAUCUAUAGAUAAACGACAUAGGAACAACCGAAUCGAAACUGUCAUAUAUAUGAGCUAUAGGCCAAAAGACUGAUCCAUCACUCGAAUAGGCUAUGUUUUAUAUUAGACUGUCAUAUAGCGAAUAUAUAUAAAUGUUUUUUUUUGCGGUAAAUAGAACUGUAUUAAACCGGGCGGCGAAAUCUAAAAAUUAAAUUUACCAUAACACAAGGCUAUCGGAAACAGGGAAGAAACUCUGGAAUAAAGACUUUUUAUACCUGCCACAAGUCAAGGACCCGUUUGAAUCACUGUACAAUACCAUAUAAGGAAUAUAGACAUUUAGAUAUUAGGUCCGGGUCAAACUGUAAAUCGUUUGAUGCGCCGAACAUAAUAGUUGGCACGAACAAUGAAAUGCCACGAAUAAUGAAAUUAAAAGUGCAAAUAGUCCAUAUUUUAAGGUUAACCUUGAGGCUAAUAAGAAAAAUCCAAAAUCAACCUGGAAACUUAUUAACGAAUUAAACUCUCGUAAUGCCUCUAGCCACAAAACUAUAUUCAAUAUCAAAGUGGGCGAAGAAACUAUAAAUACACCCAAGGAAAUAGCUGAAACAUUUAAUUCUCACUUUGCUAGUGUGGGUGAAAAUUUAGCAUCCGAUAUAGAACCUGACGUAUAUGUUUGUGCCUGCUGAAACCACAUUUUCAAAGAAAUCCCUCACUGUAUAUGCAGUUUACAAAAAACUAAAGAAAAAAAGACUAAAGAACGAAAGAAAGCAGCAGGUCUUUAAGAAUUGCAGCUGAAAUAGUUGCCCCCAUCGUUAACUCAAAUAUUUGAUAAGACUAUUACUCCAGAGUUACUCCAAUUUUUAAGAAAGGUAAAAAAUACGACAUGAACAGCGAUAGACCAAUAUCUGUUAUUUCGGUAGCAGCAAAGAUUUUUGAAAAGUUGACUUUUUAUGAGUAUCUGAACAACAACAAACUAAUAUCUGCGUCUCAAUCUGGAUUUCGAUCAUUGCACAGUACACUAACUGCCCUAAUAAAAGCCACGGAUAAUUGGUCAAUAAGUACUAGAUAAAGACCUUCUUAACGAAGUAAUUUUUAUCGAUCUUAAAAAAGCAUUUGAUACUAUUGAUCACACCAUUCCUUUACGGAAGUUACGAAUUUAUGGCGUUGAUGAAAAUGGUAUCAAAUUCUUCGAAUCAUACCUAAGCAACCGCAGUCAAAUAUGUUGCGUCAAUGGUGAGUUAUCUGAAACUGUUAAAACAACCUGUGGGGUACCACAAGGCACUAACUUGGGACCUCUAUUGUUCUUAAUAUACAUAAAUGAUCUGCCUAAUUGUCUCAACAGAGCCUCUUCAAGAAUGUUUGCUGACGAAACUAAUAUUAGCAUCGCAGCAAAUUCUGUUACGGAGCUUGAGCAAAUAAUAAACUCCGAAUUGAAAAAUCUUCAUCAGUGCAUGGCUACUAGCUAA